UACGAAAAUAUCUAUUGUAAAGUUGUGCUGUACUACGAAAAGAAAAGCGAUUUAGAAGCGACGUUUCGCAGUCGGUUGUUUAUUUCCUUUCCUCGAGGAGAGCAACAACCGCGAGCGCACUCUACUCUCGAAACGAAUCAAGAAAGAAUGUCCACCGCGGCAGAAACUACCACUCUGCCACGACCAGCUUCUAGUUCUACUUCGGGACGAGAGGACUACUACAACACGGAGAACACCGACGACGACAAGAAAUUGCAAAUGGAACCGCUACAUCAAGAGAAUAUAGCCAGCACUGAGAACGACGACGGCACCGCUGCUCUCGGGACGGGGGCAACGCCGCAGCAGCAGCAGGAUUCUGGUGCCGACAAGGAGCCCGAGCUCAAGACCUCCGACCGACAUAUUAGUACAGAAACCGGGAAAAAUUUGUGCAGUGAGAUCGCGAUCACUUCUGACGGGCAGCAGGAGCAGGAACUCCUUUCGGCUAUCAUCAACUCUGAUGACGGCCACGGAGCUACUUCUACUCGUGCUUCUAUGAUUCCUCUGGAUACUCACGCGGUCUCCGGGGGCGAAGGAGCACCACCAGCUGCCCACCUCGACCAGGAAAUCAAAGACGCGAUUCAACACGCGUCGUCCCCCGAUCUGGCACAUGAUCAACAUCGCGAAGCUGCAGUACAGCUCGAGAUGUCGACCACCUCUUCCUGUGAGAGCAAAGUGAUCGAGACUUUGGACGCAACUUUGGGGAUCCUGGGAGAGGUGGUGUCGGAGGACGAAAUGCUACUAGAGGACGAGGACGAGUAUGUGGAUGAAAAUCAGGAUUGCAACUGCAGUUGUCCGGGUACUAGAAACGCCGAAUUCGAGCCCGAAGAGCGUCAAGCUUGUUUCUCGUCGCAGCUCCGCCACGAUGAAAUUAUGGCAGAUGAAGUUGUAGGUGACCUCCAGCAGGAUCAUGACCUUCGCCACACGGGAGGUCUUGACAGCAAGGCGCCUUUGGUGCCAUGCUCCCUCCCGCCAGCAGCUGGGCUUGUAGUUGCACGGGACCGGGAGGACGACGAGGAUAAAGAAGAAAAGGCUCUUAUUUCAUCAGAUUGUGAUAAAAAUCCCAGUGCUAGAAACAACUACGCAGAAGAACAACCAGAAGGCAACGCUAGCUCUGCUCCACCUUGUUCCGCGCUGAGCUUGAAGCUUGUGCCCGUACCCCACAACCAACGGGGAGUGGUGCAACAAGGUAACAUCAUCAAUGCAGGGAUGAUGUCGAACGGCGCCGCUGGGGCGGGAGCGGAAAAUUAUACGGGUGUCGUCGCACCAGCGCAUGCGAAUCAGACUAUCGCUCCGGGGGCGGAGGACGAAGAAGACGAGUUGGCAGAUGGUAACUAUUCAGUCGUUGCUUCACAAGCACUGUAUGACAGAUUGGAUUUCAUUCUCGUCAAUGCGCAUCGUGCAUGUGACAUUCCUUAUUUCACACCUUUGUUUUUUUGCAUGCAAUCAAAAUGAAAAAUGCAGAUGAGUACGCCCCGGUCGAUGAGAUUAAUUACGAAGACCCGAUUAUCCUGAGUAAAAACGUACCCACACCAUAGUCAAGAUGGGGAAUCGGCUAGACAAAUCCACAGGUUUUGGCUGUUUUGCAUCACAAAUUUGGAUUCGUAGUGUAGUGCUGUUUGAGCUAGCUCAGCAGCAUCACAGACCUAGCACACCAUGCUGAUUGGAGCAUGACAAAUUGCAAAACACGACUAGAAACUGCUUCUCAUGGGGCUCCGCAUGAGAAACAUUUUCAGCAUGCAGAUUUGCAUUACAACUCUGGUGUGGGUACGUUUUUACUCAGGAUACCGAUGCACACGCUGCUGAACUCGAUUAAUGAAUUCAUCGAAAAGGCUGAUCAUCACGGGAAAGGGGUAUUCGUAUUUGUUUUCGUUUUUAUGCUGUUGCUGCAUGACUCCUGAGCAGGUAAAUGUUAAUGUUUGUAGACACGACCGAUGCGUGAAUGUGUGAUCCAAGUUGUGAAUGCGCACUUUUUAACCGUAAAAACUACAUCGCAGCACCCGCACCGCCAGGGCGUCCCGCCACGCUAUGGCGUUCUCAAAUGUUUCAUUCUCAACUGUUACAUGAUUUGUCAUGCAAAAUGACCAUGAUCCGCAAGACGAUCAAGCUGCUUCGCAUGACAAGUCAUCGAAUGGCUAAACAGCAUCUAAAUCCGUGCCAAAUUUGUGAUGCAAGACUUGCAAGCUUUCCCCUUUCCCUAUUGCUGGCUUUGCAUGACAAAUCCAUGUAACAGUUCAGAAUGUAACAGUUGAGAACGCCAUACACGCCUCCCCCAGCUCGGAGGGGGUCCGUAUCAACGCCUGCGCGACCGUGGUGCCUCUCUGCAAGACCUCCGGCACCGCGCAGCCAGCGAUGCGAGCAGCAACGGGUUUCUGCUGUCGGGUUGUAGUUCUGGUGGUCAACAUCAUCCUCCAACUGGCCAUCAUGGUGAUGCUGGACCACAUCUUGUUCAUCUGCACGAUCACAAGAACACCAGCAACACGACCAGACUUCCACAAUAUCACCGGGUUUCCAUCGGAAGCCACAACCACAACGCCCAGCAGAAGCUCCGGCUGCGUCUGGGUUGUAGUUCUCGGGGGCAGUCGCGAGACGAGGAAAAUAUGCUGGAUACGAUCUUGUCAAACGCGACGAGCAUCUUCGAGGGCGGCUUCGACGACACGUCGAACGGCCCUUCUUGUCGCUACUCCAUCCAGCUUGUCAUCCCCAAAUCCGACGUGACAUUGUUUACUUUGCCGGUAUAAUUAAGCCGAUCAUUUUGCUGCAAUUUACUAGGGACGAGUGUGGUCGACGUGUCUAUUUUUUUCAUCUAGUAAUAGCAUUCCAUAUAGUACUUCUCACACUCCUGAUGUAGACGUGGUUGUGGAGGUACAUAAAAAUCCAGUUUCAAAUCUUCAACAUGUCGUGAAAUAUCUAUAUCAUUCACAGGUUUUGGAAGACAUGCGGUUGAAAGCGAAUGCCACCCGCGUCGCCUUUCUGCCCCAGGAAGUAGAUUCGGAAUCCCCACGCAGACUGGCGAUUGGCGGUAUAGUUUCUGCUUCGUGAUGCUCAUGCUUUAGUGCGAAAUUAUAGCAAUUCGAAUUCCCUUAGCAUUCCGCUCCAAGAAAAAUGGAGCUCGACUAUUUACUUGUACAUUUUUUUGCUCAACAGUUGGGGUGGUCUUUGGAUAAAACCAAAACUCGAACUACACAAAAAACAAUUAUAGGUGACACGACCGAGAACAUUACCCGUGCAAUCCAGCAGGUGUUCACCCUGUUGCAAGAAUUUGUCGUCAAAAUGAAGAUGGUUAUGCCGGAAUUGCAACUCGGGACGGGCAUGUUUGACAGCAGUGGAAGUGCUGGCCACCACAAGCACGACAAUUACCUCGAUGGGGAGAGUAGAGAGCACAUCUUGAUGUCCAUCGAAAAGUCCACCAACACGAUCUUGACGCUCGAGCACGUCCACAGUCCGAGCUCCCUGCGGCAUGACGUGGCGGGAUUUGGCAUGGCGGAUGAGCUGCUGGUCAUUGACGGGGAUUUGGACUCCUGCUGCUUGGCGGUGCACAAGUUGCUGUGCGACUAUGUAGCGCCACUGGUAUUGUUGUUGUUCAUCUUGGUCGUCGUGCUGAUGUUACAGACGAAAGCGGGGAACAUUUUAGUCGGACAGAUUUGGUUUUAUAUGCGUUCCGGUUGACGAGAACGUAGUUGACGUUCACGUUGUAAGUAACAUGAUUUGCUUUUGUUUGAAAAAAUCACCACAGGGCGGCUGCGGCGGCUCGGAGUAUGACAUUCACUCACCCAUGGGGCACCAGAAGUCCCCGACCGGGUCCCCAAACAGCAUCCGCCGGCUCUGGGCACAGCAGCGCGCGAUGUCCGAGCACGGCGGGGGCGGGGGCGAUCCGGUGUUGUCGUCUCGGGGUGCGUAUGAACUGCAAAAGUAUCGUACUAGUAGAAAUCGCAUGACAAAUUCACUCAGCAUGAGAAAUGGAGUUUGUCAUGCUGUUUUAACGUGGGAUGGAGAUUUGUAAUGCGUGACUGUGAUUACUACAAGUGCGAUACUUUUGCAAUGCAUAGCGCGAGCGGCAGAAGCAUGCCGCAUCAACAUCUUCGACGUGGUGGGGACGACCACGACCAGCACCGGGACAAUUUUCACAGGGGCGGUGGUCGUGGAAACAAUUUUAAUUUCCACCGGGAGCAUCAUGGAGGUGAUCAUCUUCCAGGAGGUAGUUCAUCUGCGGCCCACGACCAUGAUGUCCACGGAGUUGGACCUCCGAGCGCUGGUGUAGUUCCACAGACCAGAUCCACGUUUCCGUACCCCGGAGCAGAUGCAGCGCACCGGGACGUCGAAAACAGGUUGUACCAUCCUAGUAGAGCAGACCGCCACGGCGGACGGCACGACCGUGGCGGCCCCGCGGCCCCAGGUGGAGCACUCCACCACCUUCGGGGUGAGCAGUUAGGACACCAGCAGCUUUCGGCCGUAACAGGGAGUUUAGACCACCAGCAGCUUUCGUCCCGGGCUGGUGUGCUGGAUCAUCACCACCUGGACCACCAUAGCCUUCCUCGUGAUCAUGAUUAUCUGCACGACCGAGUACUAGAUCAGCAUCACCCGCCACACAGCACGACGGCACGUGACCACCAUUUUCCCUUCGACUCACACCACGAAGACCGUAUCAAUAAAUCGUCGUUCUUCAGUAACAGCCUGAAGAUGGACAGGUCGCUGGCGGGACGCAGUGGCUGUCCUCCGCCUGCAGGAACUCAACAACUACAUCUCGGAGAGCGAGAGCAGGCCGCGGGCCAUAAGAGCAAGUAUCCACCAACUUUGUUGCAGCUGGAUCAACAUCGUCCCCAACAGGAUCACCACCGGGGAGGUGAUCAGCAGGAGCAGUAUCCUUACGACGAUCUUCAAAACGCUGACCAAGACCACCGCUACGGUGCAGGACUGCCGCGACGGACCGGGCCGCCACCUGGAGUUGUAGUCCAAGGCGGACAUCAUCAUUCGACACAACAUGGAACUACGACACCCGGUUGCUCCACCCACCGUGCAGCUCCUACGCCGCGCCAGAAGAUGGCCGUGGUGGAGCAGCUUCCGCAUGACACCUUUGGAGCCGCAGGACCUCACAGUACGGGGCACGAUCAACACAACUCCAGGACCAGAUCCAGAACGCCACCAGGUCUUCAACAUUUUCAUUCAGACCACUCGACGUCCCAUUUGUUGAGUAGAACCCGUUCUGUGCGUAGUGAUCAUCGCGGAGGAGUCGGUAAUAUUGACCUGGAUCAUGCUCGCUCUAGUACUACGCCCGCGGCUGGUGCGCACCAGGGAAGUGGUGGACUGGCGCAGCAUAAUCCAGACUCGAUGCAGUUCGGGUUGCUGUGCGGGCAGCGAGCAGGAGGAGGUGCUGGGACGACGACCAGCGCUGCUGCAUAUGCAUUGCAAAAGUAUCGUACUAGUUAUAAAUUGCAUUGCAAUAAAUUUUCUCAGCAUGAAAAAUUGAAUUUGUCAUGCUGUUUAACCUUGGAAAGGAGAUUUGUAAUGCAUAACCGCAAUUGCUACGAGUAUCAGAUACUUUUGCACAGGAUACUGCACGACGAGGUGCAACUACUACAGGGACGACGAGCAGCAGACUUCGGAGUCGCAGUCCAACGGCAAGUUCUGCGGUGGGAACUACAGCUCCUGCAAAGACCGGCAUCAGGAGCCCACCGGCGGUACAAUUGGUGGAGCCGAAUCCGAAUACCAUCACAAUUUCCGGCGGAAAUUCUGGCACCGCGUCCCAUCCCAUUGUGAUCCGGGCUUUGGACCAGCCUGCAGCUGCUGCUUUGGGUAGCCCAGCUGGCGCGGGAGGAGGAGCAGGAGGGGGUAACUCUGCAGUUCUUGCUGGUGCAGCUUCUGCAGCUGGAGGUACCACAGCAGGACCGCCAUCCGCAUCUUCUGCUACCACAUCAACUACCGCCGCUGCCUCUAGUACGACCCCGGGCAGCAGCAUCCAAAACGCAGUUGUGGUUGCUCCGCUGCUAUCAAGUUGUAGUGCAACAGCUGCACAACCGACGGCGUCGAUUUCCGCUGCGACGACCAGCACGACGGGCGGGCUGUUGCCCCAGCAGCAGCUCCCCCAGGACAUCACGGUGCUGCAGGAUAUGCAUCGCAAAAGUAUCUUCGUACUAGUAGAAAUAGCAUUACAAACUUUUCCAGAAGGAAGUAAUGGAAUUUGUAAUGCUGAAUGAGCUAUAGGAACCAGAUUUCUCAUGCACCAUGGCUGCAAUUACUACGACUACGAUACUUUUGCAAUGCAUACAGGAACGGGACUUGCAACUGGAGGAGACGCCGUACUUCUGGCGGUUUUUCACACCGCCCGAUAUUGUGAGGAAAAAUCCCCCCUCUCCAUACCAGAGCGGGAUACUUCUCAAAAUUUGUGAUGCUGAUUUGAGGUCACAAAUGCAAAUCGUCUCUGUAUUGCAAGAAGACAAACAAAAAACCCCGCCGCGUUCUGCAGGCAAUUUCUAAUGCUGUGCGGCCUACAGAGAAUGCCCCUACCUUGCUAGGCGCCUUCUACGCAAAAACAUCCCUAGUCCGGCUUUGUAUCUGUCUGCAGUCCUCUACUGCAAGACAAAGCCGAUUUGUGUACACAAAUCCCGCAUUACAGAUUUCCAUUUCGAUAUUGGGUGGGGGAAUUUUUCCUUUUGAUACCCGACUCCAUGUUGAUGCUUUUCAAGGAGACGUCGCAGGUCAUGUACCACAAUGGGGAGGUGAUCACGAAGCUGUGCCUCAUGCUCCCCAAAUCCCUCGUAUGAAAUGCAAAAGCAUCGUACGUAGUAUAAAUUGCAUUACAAAUUCGCUCAGCAUUACAAAUGAAAUUUGUAAUGCUGUUUUACCUUAGGAAAGAGAUUUGUCAUGCAUAAUAGCAAUCACUACGUGUGCGGUACUUUUGCAGGUCAUACCUCGCGCAGGCCAACAAAAAGAACCUGCAGCAGGUGAAGCAGCAAUCCGGGAUCCGGGUCAUCUCCGUCAACGUCUUGAACGGCAUCACUUUGCUGCAGCAAGAACUGUUUCCGGUCUACUUGCAAGGUACCGUGCAGAACAUCUCCGACGCGAUUCCCUUGAUCUACGCGCCGGCGGCCGAACUGAAGAACGGCAAGAUUGUGGUGUACGCUUUGCUUCCGGAGCGCGUACUGCAAAGUUUGUUUGUCGUGCAAAAUACUGGCGCAACUCCUGGCACGUCGUCGACCGCUGGAAGUACUAGUUGUGCUGCUAGUAAUAUUAACGCGGCGAACAAUGCGGGCACCACGUUCCUGCCCGAAGUCAAGGACAUCGCCGGCUUGCUGUCUCUGAACGUCUGCAAGCGCCUGGAAAUGGAAAAGUUGGCGAACACGCACCGGUUGCUAGCUUGGUCGGGGUAUCCUGUGCAAAAGUAUCGUACUCGUACUAAUUGCAUUCAUGCAUUACAAAUCUCUUUCUCAAGGCAAAUCAGCAUUACAAAUUCAAUUUGUAAUGCUGGGUCAAUUUGUAAUGCGAUUUAUACUAGUACGAUGCUUUUGCAUUGCAUACGGGGACCACGGGAGCCAUUGCCACGUCGUUUUCCAAGUGUCUGCAGAAGAUCAAUGUAUAGAAAGUGUAUACUGAUUUGCGGUUGCUGAUGUGUUUCUAAAGUAACUUUGUCCCUUUGUGGUGUUGAAACUCGAAAGACCAAGAUUUUUGUACGAAAAAAUGAUAAGAAGGAACAAAAAGAAGAUGAUCUGGACGAAAUACGACUAUCAAAUAAAAUGACAAACACAAAACUUCAUCUUCAGACCGAGUCCCUUCGCAUGUACAAGGAGCGCGAUCGCCAGGCCGAGGCAGCCAAGGCACGUAAGCAGUUUGCGCGGCCGCAUUCGCAACGGGUGAUGCCGAUGCGCGAUGAGAUGCUGGACGGGGAACCGUUCAAGCCGAAGUACGGUUCAACAUCUGGUGGCUCUUUCAACAGGGAAAGUACGAACCCGAACUUCGUGUUGCUAGGGGGGGACGGAAGCUGUAACAACGUCGCCGCUACUGCUACGUCGAGUGCGGCAGUGGCGGGAACUAGUACUACAGGAGCUGCCUCUACUAUUGGACAGAAUCUCCUUCUUCAGAGUGGUUCUACUAUUACUCAGCGGCAUCAACAGCAGACAUCAACUCUGGUGACGUCGUCCUCCCAACAAGCUGGUGGACAACCACAAGCGACAGCGACCAUCUUCCAAGAUCCCAAUGGCACGGCAGCUCCGGGGGUGCAAGUGCGACACGAUCAGCCAGGAGCCGUUCAUCUUUCCGCUGCCGUCGGCUCCACGAGCAGCCUGCAGAUGAUCAAGCCCCCUCUCGAGCCGGCCCAGAACUUGGAUUUUCUGCAGCAGGCUUUGAUCCAGCAACAGUCUCCGGUGAACAGCAGUCCGCGUCUUUCGCCCUCCCCCGCGGCGUCGCCCCGGAGCUGUGGGCAACAGCAGCAGGUCCGCGACGUUAAGACAAUCACGACCACGUCGUGUGGUACCAUCACCACAAUCUCGCACCACGUGGCCAAGAAGGACACCACCACGCCAAGUCACAUCCUGACGGACGGAAGUUCAGCAAGAACAACUGUCACUCAUAUGAUCACCCUCGAAGACAAAGCUGCCCCCACCGCCCCCUACGAUCCAAGCGCGCCGCCGUCCAUUUCCCUGUCCUCGCUCGAGCACGCCGCGGCGAUUGCCACGGAACAGAAGCACAGCCCGCAGCACGUCGGGACGCGGAACCUGUUGGCCGAGCAAGAGAGUGGAGAGACGUCGGUUUUGGAUACACAGCGAUCACGGAAGAACGGGGAAGAGGUCGUGGCGGUCGAAGCACGACAGCAGGACGAGCAGAAGGAGGGGGCCGGAGGUACAAACACGGUAUCUGAAGAAGUUGCUCUCGAACAAGGGAUCAUCAACAAGAAGCAUUUUCCGUGUGGGGAAGACGAAGAUGCCGCUGCCUGCGCUGCUGGUGCGGGUGGACAUCAUCGUGCUCAAAGCAGAAAGGAUAAUAUGCCCAAAAACACAUGCAGUUCGCUUGGCGAAGGCGAUAACGAGCUUCUCAGCAAGGGCAAGAGGGACGAAGAUAGAAACGAAGAUAAAAAAGCAAGUAGUGCUGGAGGAGGUCUGCCUCAGGACGCAAAAAACCAGGAAAAUAAAGUUGAGAAGUGCGCCGGUGAGCAGGAGAAAGCAGCUUCAUCCGGAGCUUCCGGAACAUCAAGCCAAGAGGACGAUUACCUGGCUGACUACCUUUCGCAACUGCUGGCCGACCCGAAUGCACUGGGCACCACGGAUGCCAUGACGGCGGAGAUUGCAAAAAUUUUAGACGCUGAAUACACCACGGAGGUGGACGCGGCCGAAAGUCCACCUUCUGCUGAUGCGGUGGUGGAGACGAAAACCAAAACGCCAACUGCAGAAAAUGUUGCGGAACAACAUCAAGCAGGUUGUACUUCUGAACCCAGUUCGAGUUCCUCGAAUGUUGCGCUAGGUGCUGUUGUGCCCAAUCCUGUUGAGAAGGCAGGAGCAGCUGAUCCCGUUGAGAAGGCAGGAGCAGCUGAUUCUGUUGAGAAGGCAGGAGCAGCUGAUUCUGUUGAAAAGGCACGAGCUUCCGUCGAGAAAAAAGUUGACUCGUCGACCACCGCCAAAGAUGUUGAUGUGGAAAUGAAAGAAGGGGAUAUGGAGCUACAAGAGCCUCCUGCAGCGGCCACGGACUCAUCCUCCCCGGUGGCGGAAGUUCCACAGGGAGCAACAUGCAACACCACUGAGACGACAGUCUCAACCUCUGCGACGACGUCGAAUAAUAAAGUUGUGGAAACUUCUAGUACUGGCGCGGCCACCAGUAAUAUGAUCGAAGAUGCAGCUCCUGCCACGGCCGAGGACGCGCGUGUCACCGAGCCCGACGAAAAGUCUGCUGCCGAAAACGAAAACCUGUCUGCGGCGCAGAGUAUGAUUUCUCUGGAGGGCGAUGCAAACAGGAUGGAAACUAUUGGCGACCUCCAAGACGGCGUCUCCAAGGUCGUUGGAAAUGAAGAUGACAACACUCCUGCGAAAAAAUCUGACUCAGCUGCGAAUUAUGUUGCUAGUGCGAACACCGGUCUUUCAAAAGCGCAAGAGAAGAAUCCCGAGCAGUGCGUUCUUCCGACUGCGACUUGUGCUUCCGAAAUGCAACUUGACGCGGACGAGACGCCCACACCGUGCGCAGGUGCAGAAAUAGUAAAUGUUGCAGAGCAAGAGGUAGAGGACCACGACGGCAUCAAAAACACAAAUGUUGACGUAGCUGAUGUUGUCAUGGAGGAUGCAAAUGAAGCGAUGGAAAACGAAAAGGAAAUAGACGAGCACGAAAGGUUGAAAAGUGGUACGGCUCCUGCAUUUGCAUCUCGAUCUCCGGAAGUAGAUGUUUCCGCCCAGACCGCUUCGAUAGACGAGUCAGAGCACCAACAUCAGUCCCCCCUUCCUGAAGUAGAGGUUAACGUUAACCAGCAACAUCAUGAAGAGGCCGCAGUUUCAUCCGCUUUAUCGUCCAAGGACAUGGAUCUUCACGAGCCGCUGCACCUCGAGUCGUCCACAAGUGACGGGGAAGAGCCAGAGAAUUUGAAAACCGAGGCUGCUACAACGCCGGCCGAGAAGGACGAAUCUCUGGUCGUACCACCUGCACCUGCGAGGAAGGAAGACGGCGAAGAUCUUCAUGGCCAGCAUCCUGCCACACCAGCUCAUAACGACGAUAACGAGGGGACCAACAAGCAGGACAAUCCUGAUGUUGUGGGCACCACGAAAACUAGGAGUGGUGAUGAAGCACCAGCGCCAGAGCAGCUUUUAUCCGCCGCCGGGGAAAGAACUGAUGAUGCUCUUGUCGUGACCACACAGGAGGAGGAGAAAGACCACGAGGCUGCGACUUCUACUGCUGAAGACGCAACGACGGCUUUGGCUGCGGGGGACAAGGACGUCGAGGCUGGUCGUAAGGAGGAUGCAGGUACCGGUACGGAUGUUGUAACAGCUGCCACCACGGUUGUGGUCACUUCCAAUUGUACAACAAGCGAUAGUGCGCCGGCUGCCGCCGAGAUGACCACAACUACUUCGGUAGAAGAUUCCGCAAAGAUGAAAACUGAAGACGCAGAAGCACCACGACAGGAGGCAGGGGCGGGCAGCACAGCGGGUGCAAACAAGGCUGUUGAGGAAAUAACUUGUGCAGAAAGAGGUGUCCUCACGACCGAAAAAAUGCCGCAUUGUUCUGACACGACGAGGACCACGCAAGCCCAAGCGCAGCCAAAGGUUCACUGUGAAUCGUCGCCGUCGCUUCGCGAAGGUGGAGAUGUUGAAGGGAAUAAAAGAACCUCCACAGGAAAUAAUAUUAGCAGCACCUCCUGUGGUAAUGCCGGGACAACUACAUCGCUUGAUGUUCAGAAACAGCAUCAUCCCUGCGACCAAGAAGUAGGACAUCAAAGUGGACAGCUGAACGACACGGAUGACCAACAGCAGCGGGCAGCCAGACAGCAGCACGUGAAGAUAUCAAAUGCAAAAAUGUCUGGGUCUGGAAAUUUGCGAUGCUGAGCCGUGGAUGACUGAAAUAUUUGCCAAUGCAGCCAAGCAUGACAAGUUUGCAGAACGCUCUCUCAUGCUCAGUCCGCAUGAGAAACUGCGCUUUUGUAUGACCAAGGAGGGCGUCUUUUUUGUUAGUCACGCAAUACAGAUUUUACAGGAGUGUAGGACUAGCAUUACAAGUUCCAUGUUUCCAGACCCAGACAUGUUUGCAAUGCAUAAAAGACCGCGGUUUGCAACAUCGCCAACAACCUCGUGCUCUCCAACCAGGCGAAAGCCAUAUGAACUGCAAAAGUGACGUACUAGUAUAAAUUGCAUCACAAAUUGACUUAGCAUUACAAAUUCAAUUUGUAAUGCGGAUUGGCCUUAACAAAAAAAUUUGUAAUGCAUAAACGCAAUUAGUACGAAGCGAGUGCGAUGCUUUUGCACUGCAUGAGCCACGCUGAACAACCAAACGCCCGCGGAGGACGGAAGUUGCAAAGUGUCCAACUCCCCCGCGAACUCCUUUCACUCCGUUUCGUAUCUGCUCUACAAGCUCGACAUUAUGGUUUCCGCAGAGGUGCUGGCCACCCUGCAGAACGAAAUCCCGGCGGCGACCAACCCGAGCGUGACGCCCCGGCCGAAAAUGCUGACUUUGUUGGAGCAGGAAUACCCCGGGACCAAACUCCAACUCGACGCAAAAGUGUACGGUGUGGGCGCCGGCCGGCUCGCGCGAAUUCAGACGUGGUCCCUAUCCACAGUAAAUGAUCUCCUGUACUACACGUUGUACAAAUGCGGUCUCUGCAUGACAAAACUUGGCUUCGAUCCUAGUUCAGCAUGACAGGUUUUACACUUCAAAUCGGUGAAGUUUGUGAUGCAUCUUGUACAUGUACGGGAAAUUUGUAUUGCAUAGUCUCCGUCCGCGGACUACUUCAUCAAAAUCCACCACCGACUCGCCUCCUUGGAGCCGAACAACCGGCGGGUGGCCGCGUGGGCGUUGCCGGAGGUGCCGUUCGCGAAGUCGAUCGUGAGCCAGUGCAACGAGCAGCUGGUCGUUCUGCACUGUCCCAACAACCAUUUACCAGACAACUUGCAGUGCGUGUUGAUCUUGCCGCCAAAGCGGUUCUCGGAAUUGCUGCUCGCGAAAGUCGUCGAGUUGCUGACGAGCUCGCCCCACUGCACGGUGACAAAAAAGAUGGUAGUGCCAACGGCUCCUGCCGGAACUGGUGCAGCUGCAAUAUCAUCGUCGUGUGCGAGUAACCCACCUGGGGACUUGUUGGUUGCGCAACAGGGGAUCAAUACAUUGGCGGCGAAUAAUUCAAAUGGGAAUGCAACUGGUGCCAGCACUUCAUCUACUACACAUGCACUGUCCUGCUCAUCUUCCCAGGUGGUCGUAGCCGCAAACACGCCAAGUUCCAGUACUUCUUCUUGCGCGGCUACUACAAUAUCACACAGAAAAAAACGGGCAGGUCAUAGUUGUAAUGCAAAAAUAAAUAGACAAAAAAAUCUGUCAUGCUUGGCCCCAGAGCAUGCUGUUUCAGAUAUGCAAUGCAGAUUUUUCUGUGUAUUUAUUUUUGCAUUACAAAUAUGCCCUGUCAGCUUUUUUCUGUGGGAUAUACAACUACCUUGGCGAACCGGGCUAAUGCGAACAAGUUCUUGCAAAACUCUGUGGCAUAUCAAAUGCAAAAAUGUCUGGGUGGUCUGGAAGAAGGGAAGUUUGUCAUGCUUGUCUGUCAUGACUCGAGAGUCUGUGUUGCACAGCCACGAGAAGGCCCUCUUGCCUGUCAUGCAAAAACGCAGCUUGCCAUGCGGAAUACGUAAGACAUGACAGCCAAAAAAAUUGUCAUGCGUGGCUGCGUAUUGCUGUGCGUUUAUCAUUCACUUUUAGCAUUACAAGUUUCCAGACCCAGACAUAUUUGCAAUCCAUAUGGCACUCUCCAGUGCGACGACCGGCAGCGCAGCUUCUCUCUGUGGUGGCCCAACGCCAGCGUCGACGGAGCGGUCGACUACCCCGAUGGGGUUGGGUAGCAGUUCGAGCAGCUCUUUGAUGGUGAACAAUAAUUUAGUACUGAGCAACAAACCUUUCCCCGAUCCUGGUGCAGCUUCAUCAGCUUCUAGUAGCACGAAUAUCAAUCCAAACAUGAUUCCGCUAGGCGGAGCAGCGGGCCCUAGUACUUCUGCUCCUGCAGGAGCGCCGUCGACGUCAUUUUUAGCCUCAGCUUCCUCCGGUAGUUGUAAAGACGCCAUGCCAGCACUGCCUCUGCCAGUCGGGACUCUGCAGGAUGGUCCGAAUGGCCCCAUCCCAACGCAACGGACAUUGAAGGGGCACGUAUUGAUUCAGCGGGCCAACGAGAUCGCAAGCCAGCACAACUUUGGAACAACAAGUACGGCGGCUGGUGUUGAGGAGGUGUUUGGCGGCUCAGUGAGUUGUGGUCAGCAUCAACCUGGAACGUCGAUGAAGGGUGGAUUACAGCAGCAGCUACAUGCUGGGGGAAAAUUUGCACACGACCCAAUGCUCCUCAACGGCUGCAUGAAGGAGAACAACAAUUUCAAGUCAUCCAAGUUCCACGGGACGAAUAAAAUGGGCGGAAAGCUGCAGCACUCGUGGAGCAAGGAACAAAGUUUUGGGAAAGGUUCAUUGCAAGGUGGCCAUGGUGGAGGAGGAGGAGGAGAGGUGCCUGGAGGCUCUCCUGCUUGCUCAUCUUCUUCGGGUGGACUGCAGCCACUACUUCUAGGGGCCCCUGCGACGAGCCAACCGCAGCAAAACUACACGCAGCAACAGCAGAACCUUAAUACCGGUUUGAUGUCAAACCAGCAGGUGGUGUCGACGAUGAACCAGAUGAUUCCCCGAGCUACUGCGCUUUCCAUGGACAGCAGCGGAAACGCCUCUACUUGCGGGGACCAAGGCAGUAUGAUGCCGCUCGCGUCUGCGGCGAGCACUGCAGCCGGUAGUACUGCUGGUCCUUCUUUGACCGCAACUAGUACAACGAGCACCUUUCCCACCGCGUCUUCAAUGAGCAGCACAAAUUCAUCCAGCGCCUUGUUACCCCUGAAUGCCGCAACAGUUGCUAAGUCCAAGUCCCCAGUAGUGGAUUAUGCCGCCCGGGAGCGCACCCGCACGCUUUCCAACACCAUGGCAAAUCUGGCUGGACAGGCCGCACAGCAGCAGAUGCAGAGCGGUGCUGGUUCUUUGCUUCCCCUGGGUUUUCCCGCGCCGGCUACUAGUGUCGGACCGGCAGCAGGAAUAAACAGUGCUGGGGGUGGCAAGUCAGGUGCCCUGUCUGGGAACAACACGAUGAAUGCAGCUGCUGGCAACACGAUCACGAAAUUUAUCCCCGCUGCCACGCCAAAAGCGAGUACCCCCAUCUGUCAGCUGCCCGGAGUCGGCUUGUUGCAGGAAGGGAGUUCAUCUGGUGGUGCAUCUUCGGGAGUGCAGCAGCAGCAGCACCAGGCACACGAUACUAGUACGGGCACAGCAGGAGGAGCUUCGAGCAGUAGACCGAAUGUCCUCAGCAUUCCUCACCCGACGUUUGGUCAGCACCGAACCAGUCCUACUGGAUCCUCGUCGCAGCUGCAAGCAAGUUCUGCAGGCGUGGUGGACGAAAGUCUUCCGAGCCAAAAUCUAAGUCAGCAAAACACAGCUACGACCAUGCCUGGUCCGCAGCUGCCGCAAGUACUUCUACAGAACGCGGCCUCGAAUGAUCCUAACGCAGCUGCUUGCUCAUCCUCUUCUUUUCAUCAGGGCAGCUCUGCCCAGAAUUUCAAUCCAAACGCACCUCCAAACCCGACCGGGGCAGGCUCAGUACAACAUCAGUUGCCAGCACAGCAGGUCGUGGGCCCGCAACAGAAUCCGCAGUUGAUGCAACAGCAACAAGGUGGUCCUGCUCUACUCGGUCAACAACAACAUCAUGCUGGUGGGCAACAAGGGCAACAACUGCCGUUUCAGCAGAACAUGAACACCCCGAUGAAUCUUUCUGCCAACCCAAAAUCAACUUUUCCGGCGAACACGACGGCCAGCUACAAUGGCAGUGCGGGAAUCAACACAAUAAACUUGGCAAAUCAGAAUUCCCAGGGCCAGCACGGAACCUAUUCCACCAAUUACCUGCUGCCACCGCCCGCGCCGGGUAAUAGUAGUUCCACAGGAGGAGGUAUAGGCUCCGAACAACGGGGCAAGCCCGCGGCAAGCAUUUCGCAUCAUUUGGGAAGCGGUGGGGGAGCCGGUUCUAGCGGAACAAAUGGACCGCAUGCGAGCGGCAUGAACAACAACGCUGCCGGAGCUACUAACUAUGCGAACUACAGCAACAUGAUGGCGGCAGCGGCGGCGGCGGCGGCAGUGGGCGGGAAAAACGCGAGCAUGAUGAGCCACAACCAGCAGCAAAUUAAUAAUCAAGGGGCCGUGCAGCAUGCGCAACAUCAAGGCCAUCAACAGCAGCAGCUCCACAGUCAGUUGAACAAAAAAGACCCGUUGCAGGACAUGCUUUUCUCAUCUUUUUACAAGCAAGGGAACAAUAACAAGAAGAAGAAAAACCGGAGAUCUACCAGUUCCGAGAACAGCAGCAGUUCCGAGAGUAGUUCUUCCAGCUCUGACAGCUCCGAUUCCGACGAAGGCUCCUCAAACCGGCGGAAAAAGAAAAAGAAACAGAAGAAAAAGGAAAAGCAAAAAAAGCAGCGGGAAAAAUUCGAGGAGCAGAAAAGGGAAUUGGAACGGAUGAAACUACAGCUCGAGCAGGAAAAAGCACAAAUGAAAGCGGGAAAGCUGCCGACGCUGGUGGAGAAUACCUCCCAUGAGCAGGCAGGUGGAAAUAAGGUGGACAAGCCCGAAGAUGGUGAUAAUCUACUUCUAGUUGGACAAAACAACAAAGCAUCUUCGCCGUCCGCCUCCUCUUCCUUGGUCAUCGACCCGUCGCAUUCCCUGGGGGGUGAAGGAGGAGCUGCAAAAAAUCCGGCGACUUCUACUUGUGAGGACAACCAAAACCACGAGAAGGACAAGUUUGACCACACGACGGGCAAAAUAGAAGAGCAAGAGAAAGCCUCUGCGAAAGACGACAGCAGUGAAAUUAACUCUGUCGUCGACGAAAUCGGCAUCGCGUCGCCGUCGCAGAGUUCGGCGGACGAGCCAACACCGGCCGUUUCUAACCAAGAAUCUUCAUCCCACAAAAUGAAUUCGACCAAAGUAGAACAAGAACCCGCGCCGCCGGGGGACCAGACAGCCAAGAAUGCGACAUCUAAAGAGCAGAAAAAUAAGAAGCGCAACAGAUCCCCAUCGGAUAAUUCCUCUGACAGCGAGAAGGAGAAAAAGAAGAAGAAGAAAAAGAAGAACAAGCUUUCCAAUCUGCUCGCCCAAAACCCAAGUUUGCUCGCGGGCUUGUUGAAUCAGCAGCACAUUGGCGGCGGUAAGGGCGGUGGUGGUCCUAAUUCGUUGAAGGGCGGCGCAGGAACUGGUGCACCUGGCGGGAUGAUGAACCCGGCGCAUCUGAUCAACCCGGCCACGGGCUACCCGUAUCAUCAUCAUCAUCAUGCCGCACAUCACCAUCAUCAUCCCAUGGCGCACCAUCACAAAGGUGCGGCUGCUGCGUACAACCACAUGGGCGCCGCAAACCCAGCAGCCAUGUUCGGCGCAGCAGGGCCGUACGGUGGCGUGGUUCCCGGAGCCAUGCACGGGCAUCAGCACCACCACUACCCUAUCCUGUGUAAAAGUAUCGUACUCGUAUAAAUGCAAGUCUUGCAUAACAAAUCUUUUUCUUAAGGUAAAUCCGCAUUACAAAUUCUAUUUCUCAUGCUAGGAAAAUUUGUAAUGCAUUUAUACGAGUACGAUACUUUUGCAAUGCAUAUACCCCUAUGGAGGUGGGUACUACGGAGCUGCGGCGGGCCAUAUGGCCACCGCGACUACUUCCGCGUCGACCAGCACACUGGCUUCGUCGAAAGGCAGCGCGGGAAAGAAGGGAGCGGUAUGGGAUCCGGUGUAUGGCACGUGGAUGCCGGUGCAGAGCUAUCCAAGAAAAAAAGAUUGUAGAUGUAAGUGUAACUUUUUUGGAGAAACAGCAUUGCAAAUCUGUUUGGCAUGAGCAGGGUUAAGAUCCGUCAUGCGCAAAUAGCACGCGAAUAAAACGCACUUGGAUUAUGGACUCUACAAUGCAUGCCCAGCAUGUAGUUGACACACACGAGCAUCCGUGUAGUCGCUGGUGCGCAUCACAAAGUUACACUUGGCAAUGUUUUUUUCUUGCAUAAGAGCGCAGCUUCUAGCAAUCCAACUGGCGCGAAGAAAAAGAGAAAAAAGUCUGGAUCGAAGACAAAGAAGGACAAAGCUGCUAAGGAUAAUGCUUCCGAUGGUGGAGAGUCGUCCAAAGGCGGUGAUGUUGAACAACAAGUAGACACUGCGGCAGAUGUUGAACAAAAAGAAGCAAGCAAAGCCGAGAACAACAAGCAGGAGAUGAAAAAGCUGGACAAGACAAAGUCAGUAGCUGGAGAAAAAACCGCAGUUCUCUGCGCUGACGACGGUGCCGCCGGUUCAGCUCCGAAAAGCAAAAAGCGGGAUGGGGAACAACACGAAGGCGAAGAAGAAGCGACCAAAAAAUCUUCUGCUGAUGCAAAAGAACAGGAUAGUGUUCCUGCAAAUCGAAAAAAUCCAGAUCUUGAUGAGGACAAAUCGAGAUCGAGCCAAGUAGACAAAGGCGAGGAGGACAGUGAAGAAGAAGGCGAUGAGGAAAUUAUGCACGAGAACGACGAGGACAACAAGAUCUUGGAAAUUAUCCUGUGCAAAAGUAUCGUACUCGUAGCAAUUAUUGCAUUUCUGCAUUACAAAUCUCUACUUUCUCAAGGUAAAUCAGCAUUACAAAUUGAAUUUGUAAUGCUGGGGGAAUUUGUAAUGCAAUUUAUACUAGUAGUGCGAUACUUUUGCAGUUUAUAGAAAUCCAACAGCGGCAGUCCGAGCGCGCGUACAACGUGCAAACAGCCAAUCCCUACGCCAUCAGCGACUUCUACGGUCGUGGUGCAACUAGCACCAGCAGUCCUGAUCUAUUGGAGACGCCAGCAGCUGCACCGGCGGGGGGGAAGGAAAAGAAGAAACUGAAGGUGCAGCUGACACCAAAUGCAGACGCGAUGUUGAAAGACUGCAAGAAUGAACAGAACAAGAAGGCGAAACUAGACAAAUCAUCUUCUGCUGCGGCUAUUGUACCAAAUGACAAGGAUAAUAUGCACCAGCAAGAGAUUCUAUCAUCUCCCGAGUUACUAAGCGUUGCGAGCAGCAGCAAGUCCAGGGGAAAGCAGAAGAAUAACAGCCAAGGUAGAGCAGGAGAACCUGCGGCGGAGGUCCUUGCAGCUCGAAAAGAAGAUGUAGCAGGUGGAAAUAAGGACCAACAGAUGAUGCAAACCGCUGCGAUUCGCGACAGCCGAAAUCAUUCCUCGGUUUCCCGAGGGCGCGGAGGAGCAACUGGUCGAGGGGGGAGCAACAUCUUGAACCCCGGAAACAAUAGUGCAGCAGAGUUACAACAACUCAGUUCCAAGCAUUCCAGUUCCAAUUCCGGGCGACACCAAGACACGACCAACCGCCGGGCGCACCGAGCAGGACACCACUACGACCGCGGGCACAGAGGAGGACACCACAGUCGACGCGAUCACAGUCACCACCGAGACCGCGACCGGACAAGAGGUGGACCUUCAUCACACGGCUCCACGCGCCGGCACGGGGGCCACAACAAGCGCUCGAGGUCCAGAAGACGGCACCGCGGAGGAGGUGGUCGGGGUAACAAAGAUUGUAAUUCCAGGGGCAGGAGGCGAUCUUCGGGAGGUGGCUCGCCAAUGAACAAUAACCGAAGUCGUGACCGAGGCGGCGCGCGGAGCAACCGGACUUCGCCAGUGAUUGAAACGGAGUUUUCGCGACGAAACGCGGAGAUCAGCGCAGCGAAGGAUGCAGCAAGAAGGCAGGUGGAACUGUCGGCGGCAUCGGGGGCGGGAAAAGAAGGUACUUACUUACAUGUAAAUACAGUGGGUUGUAGAAGGUCUACUUUUUUUGAUCUUUGUUCGGUAGUGGUCGUCGUGUAUGGAGUUUUUGGUUCUAGUGGAGGAAUCAGAAUCACAUCAGUCGUUCGCCCUCGAAGUAAUUGAACUCGCAGGAGCAAAUUUCGCUCUCGCCGAAACCACCUACAUUUCAUUGAUGCCCCACCUCCAGGUACUACUUCUUCGAAAGACAAGGAUGUCGCCAGCGUUAUCGCCGGUAUUAAAAAUGCAGCGCCCGAGCAGGAAUUCUCCGCCGCGGCCGCACAACAGCAGCAGCAGCAGCCGACCACCCGGACGACCUCUUCUUCCAAGCACGAACCCAAGCGGCGGCGUGGUGAAAAGCCCCAGACAAAUGCGUUUGACGACCCCAGUAUGCGGAUUGAGCCGGUGAUCAAUUCACCGCGCAUCCCCAGGCACCGUGAUUUAAAGGCGCGGAAGAACGCUCAGCAUUUGAGCAGCGGAAAGAAAAAGGAGAAGAAGCACAAAAAGUCGUCCAGUUCCAAGAACGAAGGAAAUGGCACUAAAGACAAGGAGGAUCGAGGGCUGCAAAGUUCCAGGAGUUGUACUGGUCAACAUCGUGACAAGGACCACAAGAAGCACAAGAAGACCCGGAAUAAAACAACUUCAAGUGGCGGUCGCAGGCGGUCCGGUAGUUGUGUUGGGUCGGACGAAAUGGAAGAUAAGACCGCGACAACUUCGAAGAGCGACAAAUCCUUAAAUCUCGAGGGCACGAAAACCGAGGACGAAGAGCCACUGCCGCCGGCAAUCAAGCGGAAGAGAAGUCGGGAGCAGGACAAAAGCUCUAGGGCAGUUGUUCGGGGAAGCAAGACCCGCAGCACGGAGCAGGUGCUUGCGCAGCAGAGCAGCAAGACGAGAAGUGGGGCGACGAGUAAUCGAGCGGCGGGAGCUACGCGUUCGGGUACUAGUGCAGCAAGUAAGAAGAGAAGGACCAGCACUACGGGUACUAGUGGAAUAAACAAGGACAACAUUCAAUCUACUUUGGCUGUACAACAGCAUGCCACGACGUUGAGCGCGCAACAUCAAAAGGCGAACAGUAGCAACACCGCUGGAGGAAGCAGCAGCUCCACUUCUGGGAUGAAAUUGAAAAAGGUCAAAGGAGAUAGACAAAAACAAGCCACAUCAUCUGCGAAAACAUCAAACCAAGAGCUGCUAGAUCACGACGAGGAUGCGGACUCGGCUGAGGUCACGUUCGUGAGCAAAACAUGUUCGAAGGGAGCUGCUGGUGCAACGAAUAAACUGCAGAAGCUACCGCCACGCGGGCAGAUGAAGAUCGGACCCCUGCAGAAACUCCCUCAACGUGGCGGGGGUGGUGCUGCAGCCAUAGGUGGAGGUGUGCAGAAAGCUGCGCUGCAGAAGUUGCCGAGCAGAAAAUCUUUGCAGGGGAGCAAGUUGGGUGCACCAGCUGGUGCUGCGGGGAUAGUAGUACCAACGUCUACUUGUAGUUCUUCGGGACGAUCUUCUGCGAGGGCGGUCCUGGCAUCUGCGAAGGAGGCGCUCGGGAAGAUAGGAAUAAAGGCGCCACCUGUUCUUGCACCAGCAACUUCUGCAUCCUUGGUGUUGGACAAAACUUUCGGAGAAAAGCAAAAACCGCAAACAGCGACCAUAAAUGCAGCCUCUGCCACUACUAGCGCGACCGCAACGUCGAAGUUAUUGCUCGAGGGCAAGCACCACGAGGCAGUUCCGGAGAAGAACAAUAGUGCAGGAGGUGAAGCAACUACAGGGAGCAGCAAAAUGUCCGCAACCAGGGCUACGGCUUCGGCAAAGGAUUCUAGUACAGUCGCUGCGGAAGUACAUGAGAACAAGUCAUCUGGAACCAGUGCAAAAAAGCCAUCACUUCCUGCGGCUAGCACGGUGAAUAGUUGCGAGGCAGCCGCACCUGCGACCAACAGCACUUCUGCAGCAGCGACGACAGACGAGAAGGGGAUCAUGAAGCCCGCAACGGCGACUGCUGGCGCGGCCACAGAUAAUUCUACUACUGCAACGUCGUCUCUGACAGCGGACGAAAAGACAAAAGGAAGUCGCGACGAGGAGGCAUCUCCGGCACUACCAGCGCCAAUAGUACCAGUAGUUCCUUCUUCUGUUGAAAAGAUUGAUGACAAGAAGGAUCUGUAG